UUUAUUUUCAAAAUGAAUUGGCUUCAUGUAGUCGCCUGUCGGUAGUCGUUGUAUAUGGUAUCGUGAAAAACAAUAAAAAUGACAACAGGCAGAUUUCACAGAGCCGCCAAAGAUGGUCUGCUGCAUGUGUUGCGCGAGGCGACCAGUAGCGAAUGCAACAAGAAAGAUGAGUCUGGCAUGACGCCCACACUCUGGGCUGCCUUCGAGGGACAUUACGAUGCACUCCGACUUUUGUGUGGAAGAGGAGGAGAUCCAGACAAAGCCGAUCACUUCGGUAACACAGCCCUGCACCUCGCAGCCGCACAUGGCCACAAAGAAUGCGUCACCUUCCUCAUCAACUGCGGAGCCAAUGUGUUCGCUAUGGAUGUGAAUGGUCACACCGCACAGCAAUUAGCAGCCAUCAACGAACGAGAUGAUAUAUUGCUGUAUUUAGACCAGGCAACGGCGAAAUUGGAGAAUAAUGAUAAGAAAAAAGCGAAUGCUCUAAAGGAGAAAGCAAAGAAAGACUAUGAGAAAUCCCACAAACGGUACCAGAAACGGCAGAGCAAGGCCGAGCUGAUGGCUGAGAAGGACCUUAAGAAGCGGACAAAGGAGUGGGACCAGGGGUAUGUGGAGGAGGUUACCAUCAUGCCACAUAGGCCUAGCAACGUGCUGUCAGUGCUGAGACAGAAAAUGACCAAGUCUACUGGCCAUGGCAGUCUCCUUCCUGACGAUCAACCUCGCGAACCGGUAGGCCCCGUCUACUCCGGCGCAAGGGGCCGGGGCACGGUGUCUAAGAAGGCAUUCGCUAGCAAACUGAGAAACAACAUUAAUAAUGGCAACACUGAUGACUUUAAGGUCACAACGGAGAUGACGGGUCGUAGAUCAGUGAUGUCAAUAAGUGGUAUCCGUCGGGAUUCAGAAGUGAUGUAUGUUACCUUCGACACCGGGCCGCAGCAGACAGGCGAAUCUUCUGACGCGUUAGCUGAAGAACCACCCGAGCCCACCGUGGUUAAGAAACCUCUUACUAGUUCUGUAAGUCACACAGACUUUGGUUUGGUGAACGAAGACAGUGGCAUCGAACAAGAGGUGACGCUGCAGGAGCCAGCCAGUAUGUUUUCGAGGCCUUGGUCGAAUGGGGUCCGCAACUUGGUGUUCAGAAAAUCAAUUACAACGAUGUGUGAGUUCGACAAGCCUGGCGAGGACUUCGCUGUAAACUCUACUGCGAUACACGCGUACGAACCAGCUAACUGGACUUCCACACAGUCAGAUAGCUCAACCAUCGCAUCAGACGAAGAAACUGAAGCUGAGGAUUCAACGUACGCCUCCCUGGAGAUGUUCCUAGCAGCCUUUGGCCUUUACCAAUACGUGCAGAAGUUUAAAGACGAGCAAAUAGACCUGGAUGCCCUCAUGCUACUCACGGAAAGUGACCUUCAGGCCUUACGCCUACCAAUAGGACCUCACAGGAAACUGGUGACUGCAAUCCAAGAUAGAAAGCAGGCUUUAUCACACACUGGACCGGCUUUAUAAACAGUUAGGGAUGAUUCUAAUUAGAUCGGGCCUUGGAUACGUCUAAAGCUAAUACACGGUUUUAAUCUGUUAUCUGUUACAUACACAUUACAUUUUGCAUGAACCGUGCAACAAACGUAUGUUACGCUUUCUAUCCCGCUAGCAGACGCUAUAGACUAUAAAUUAGUGCCUCAUGAAAUGUGAUAAAAGUUCAUAAAUGUCCAAUCGCCAUAAUUAUUAGUACCUAUACCUAAAUAUAUUUUUGUACAGUUUCUUUUUAAAUAAACAUUUGUAAUUUUAUAUGAAUAAU